ACAACGAGGACGUUGUGUCUGCAUGGGGGGGUGUUUGUGAUGUCCCACAUCGGAUAGGGGAGAAUGUUCCUGGCACUUUAUAUAUAGAUGCUCCUCUUAACCCUGUAGACUCGUUUUAAAGCCGUGAGGGCCUCUUUGGGUCCAAAGCGGACAAUAUCUACAUGGUUGGGAGCGGGUCGUUACAUUGGUACGUAUCAUGGCAUUUCUUCUGGGCAUUUCCGAUUAUCAUAGUGUUCUGCCCACAAAAUUUUUUAAUAAACUUGGUAGAUAUACUGUAGGCGGUGGGUUUCUCUUUCGUAGUGUUUAGUACCUUGUCAUUUCAUAUGAAUGGUUGCUUUGAAUUUUUAGAUUAGUAAGCUAAUAUCUUCUAGGCAGAGUUAUUGACUUUUGUUAAAAGCAUUUUCCCUUUCAUAAACCGUGCUUCCACUGCCCUGGUCAGACUUCUCAUUGUGUCAAACUUUUGGUAAGUUUCAUUAACUUUACGGUUGAAUUCCCAUUUUAGAGUGAUCAAAUUUUAAAUAGCAGUUUGGAUGUUAUUGGUAUUACUGUUGUGAACUGUUCAACAUCUGUAGAGGUCAAGCAUUAGGAUCUAGAUUUCUCCUAGGCAUGGAGUUUUGGAGGGAGACUAUGACUGAAGUAAUGUUGCCAAUGAAAGAGACACUGAUAUAAUUAUCAGGGGCACAUUCUGCUACUGAGAUUAUAGGACAUCUUUCUUGUGGCAGUAUUAGCAAAUAUCACUAUCCUUAUCAUGGUGUGCACAGUGUGCGUUCUUGCUGCUUCAGCCACAUCUUCAUUGGUUUUACACUAUGGUGAUGACCGAAACUCAGCUAGUUAACUCAUUGAAAUUCAUCUGACUGUGUAAGCAACUCUUUUCUUGUCAGUGAAAAGGUACAUAACAUGGAGUCGGUUGAUGAUGGUGCCAUAAGACAUUUCACUGGAAGCUUAAGUGCUUAUGUAUUUGGAGAAGAUGUAAGCUUUGGUGGGGUCUUUCGUUGCACCACUGGAUUAGCUGACCGAUUUGGUAAAGGCAGGGUUUUCAACACCCCUCUUUGUGAACAGGGCAUUGUUGGAUUUGGAAUCGGUUUGGCAGCAAUGGGCAAUCGAGCCAUAGCAGAAAUUCAAUUUGCUGAUUAUAUAUAUCCUGCUUUUGAUCAGAUUGUCAAUGAAGCUGCCAAGUUCAGAUACCGUAGUGGGAAUCAAUUCAACUGUGGAGGAUUAACAAUUAGAGCCCCUUAUGGAGCUGUGGGCCAUGGUGGUCAUUAUCACUCACAAUCCCCUGAAUCUUUCUUCUGUCAUGUUCCCGGUAUCAAGGUAGUCAUCCCUCGGAGCCCAAAGCAAGCAAAAGGAUUGUUAUUGUCAUGCAUACGAGAUCCUAACCCAAUUGUAUUUUUUGAGCCAAAGUGGCUUUACCGCUUGGCUGUAGAAGAGGUUCCUGAGCAUGAUUACAUGUUGCCUCUAUCAGAGGCAGAGGUGAUUCGACAAGGCACUGACAUAACACUUGUUGGCUGGGGAGCACAGCUUGCUGUCAUGGAACAGGCAUGUAUUGAUGCCGAAAAGGAGGGAAUCUCUUGUGAACUGAUAGACCUAAGAACUCUGUUACCUUGGGACAAGGAAACAGUAGAGGCCUCUGUCAGAAAGACUGGAAGGCUGCUUGUUAGUCAUGAAGCUCCAGUAACUGGUGGAUUUGGUGCUGAAAUAUCAGCUUCUAUGGUUGAACGCUGCUUCUUGAGGUUGGAAGCUCCUGUGGCUAGGGUUUGUGGGCUAGACACGCCAUUUCCUCUUGUUUUUGAACCAUUCUAUAUGCCUACCAAGAACAAGAUCUUGGAUGCCAUCAAGUCAACUGUGAAUUACUAGAACAUGAUGCAGCUCAUUUUCUCUCUCCCUGUCUCCCUCAUCAUCUAAACCCACGACUGGUUGUUGACUGCUUAAGAAUAAAUUUAUUUUUUGAGAUCCAUGUUUGCUCAUUCUCUCUACCAAUCUGAAUGGCAAAGUACAGUUUCUAAUGCAAUACCAAUUGAGUUCUGCAUCUAAA